AUGUCGUUUUCCUUCUACUUGAAGCACAUGAAGCCUCAAUUUGAAACUUUGAGUGUGAACAAGAUUAUUGUUAUCAAAGUCACCGGGCCUAUCGAGACUGAAAGUUUCCCCAAUGCAAUGUUCAAAUUAGCGAGAGGUUCGGCUUGUCAAGCCUACGAAUUCACCCUCAAAGACUUGCCUUGUCUGAAUCGUCAUAACUGGAUCAUGUUAUACAACUUGCUGUUGAAAGAGAAGGAGAAGUACGAACCUGUUAUGACCCAUCUCCAAUUGAUGAUCAAGUCGUAUAUUCAUGAAGUUGGUUUAAUGGAUGUGGAUAUUGUCGCUGUUUUGAGAAAGAAGUCGAACGUUGUUCCCAAGGAAGCUCCAAUGGACUACUAA